AUGGCACCAAUCCGCCUCGGAAUCAUCGGCCUCUCGGCCAACGCCAUCACCAGCUGGGCCUCGAACGCCCACCUGCCAUACCUGCUCUCGCCCGCGGGGCGGUCCAAGUACCAGAUUGUGGCGCUGUGCAACUCGUCCGUGGACGCCGCGCGGGCUGCCAUCAAGAAAUAUGGUCUCGACUCAGAGACCCGGGCCUACGGCUCACCCGAGGAUAUUGCCGCGGACCCCAACGUCCAGCUCGUGGCCGUCUGCACCAGGGUCGACAACCAUUAUGAUACUGCGCUGCCAAGUGUGCGCGCCGGAAAGGACGUCUACGUCGAAUGGCCGCUGGCCGAGAAUGCAGGCCGCGCGGGCGAGUUGGCCGCCCUGGCAAAGGAAAAAGGGGGGAGGACGGUCGUGGGGCUGCAGGGAUGGUUUGCACCAGCUGUGGUCAAGCUUAGGGAGCUAAUCACCAGCGGACGGAUCGGAAAGGUCCUAAGCAGCGAGGUGGCUGCCGCCGGCGGAUCGAUAGACAGGCUGUUCCUGUCCCCGGGGCUGAAGUACUUUGUAGAUAGGAAGGUUGGCGGCAACAUUGUCACGAUUGGAUUCGGCCACAUGUCUGACUUGGUUCAGUUUGUCUUGGGUGAGCUUGAGGCGCCUCACGCACAACUGCAGAUCCAGCGUCCCGACGUCAAGAUCCGAGAUCGAUCCACUGGUGAGAUUCUGGAGGUCGUCAGGUCCGACGUCCCGGACCUGGUUCAUGUGACUGGUUCGCUCCCCGCGUCAGAGCACACCGCGGAGGGCGCGACUCUGCAUAUUCGCUCCCGGCGAGGCCAGCCAUUCAAGGGCGAGCCGGGGCUGGUCUGGACCAUCAAUGGCGAGAAGGGCGAGAUUCGCGUCGUCGCAUCCGGCGCUUCCAUCGGCGCUAGCGCACACGAGGAUCUCACGAUCGAUGUCCACGACCACGAUACCGACGAGGUGCAGAGCGUCAAGUGGGAAUGGGGCCCCUAUGCUGAACUUCCUCAGCCCGCUCGCAACAUUGGCGCGCUCUAUGAUGCGUACGCUGAAGGAAGACCACAUAGCUAUGCAGACUUUGAACACGCGGUGAAGCGGCACAGACAAUUGGAUGGGUUUCUGGCCGGCUCUCCAGCCUCUUUUUGA